UUUUUUUUUCCAGAUUAUUUUUGUGUUUGGUGUGUUUCGUUUCUUUUCUUGGCCACUUUCUUGUGGUGCUCUUGUGCCUAGGAACAUUCGACCCGAACAAGAAACUACUUGGGACAUGUCAAAAAUCCAAACUAUAUAAGUUGUCCAUGGCCGGUGUUGCACUCUUUCAGAGCUUCAUUGAAUAUCUUCUGAGAAGAAGAGGAAGAAGAAGCAGCAGCAGCAAUAGGGAUAGAUGGCUCAUGUUCCUAUUCAGGUCCCUAAUGAGUUGUACCUUAACAUAGACGACCUUACCAUCGACUCUGUGAGUUGUCUCAAGCUCACUUCUCCUUCUCCGUCGUCCUUGACUCGCUACCUCUCCACGAGCUCGAGCUCGAUCGAUCAUGAGGGCAUGCUCGCGUGUUGUGACCGGGAAGAGGAAGAAGAGGCCAGAGGCCAGAAGAGGCUCAAGAGGAAUUACAGUUUCGCCGAAUCAAUCGGGAGCAACAGCCCUGGAGCUUAUACCAGCGGUUUCAGCAGUGGCCGGAUCAGCCGGUGCAGCAGCACGAGCAGCCUCGACACCCUCCCAAGGCUCCACAUCCGCGACCACAUACGGACGUACUCGCAGCAGUAUCUCGCGGCGGAGGCUGUCGAGGAGGCGGCGGCAGCCUCCAUCAUCAGCGUUGGAGAGGAGGAUGGGUCUGCCGACGGGAUGAGGCUCGUCCAGCUGCUCGUCGCGUGCGCUGAGGCCGUGGCUUGCCGCGACAAGUCGCACGCAUCAUCGCUGCUGUCGGAGCUCCGGUCUCGGGCCCUCGUGUUUGGUACCUCGUUCCAGCGAGUGGCCUCGUGCUUCGUCCAGGGCCUGGCUGACCGACUGUCCCUGCUCCAGCCGCUCGGCACGUCGGGCUUCGUCUCGCCGGGGGCGGCGGCAGCAGCAGCUGGGGCCGCAGCCUUCGGUGAGAAGGAGGAGGCCUUGCGGCUGGCCUACGAGAUCUGCCCGUACAUACAGUUCGGCCACUUCGUGGCGAACACAUCAAUAUUGGAAGCCUUUGAGGGAGAGAGUUACGUCCACGUGGUAGACUUGGGGCUGUCCCUGGGCCUGCCAUGUGGGUACCAGUGGCGGCGGCUAAUCCAGAGCCUCGCGGGCCGCCACGGCCAACCACCGCGCCGCCUCCGCAUCACUGCCAUCGGACUCAGCGCCAAGAAGUUUCGCUCCAUCGGGGACGAGCUCGGCACCUACGCGCUCAAGUUCAGGAUCAAUCUGGAGUUCUCUGUGGUGGAGACCAAUCUGGAGAAUCUGCGGGCUGAAGACAUCAAAAUCUGUGAAGGUGAAGUGCUUGCUGUGAACAGCAUUCUUCAGCUGCAUUGUGUUGUCAAAGAGAGCAGAGGAGCUCUGAACUCUGUGCUUCAAAUGAUUCAUGAAUUGUCACCCAAAGUUCUGGUCCUGGUAGAGCAAGAUUCGAGCCACAAUGGGCCUUUCUUUCUUGGGAGGUUCAUGGAGGCUCUGCAUUACUACUCUGCAAUUUUCGACUCUCUGGACGCUAUGUUGCCCAAGUACGACACCCGGAGGGCCAAGGUGGAGCAGUUCUACUACGCGGAGGAGAUCAAGAACAUAGUGAGCUGCGAGGGGCCAGCGAGGGUGGAGCGGCAUGAGAGGGUGGACCAGUGGCGGCGGAGGAUGAGCAGGGCCGGGUUCCAGUCGAUGCCAAUCAAGAUGAUGGCUCAGGCCAAGCAGUGGCUCGGCAAGAACAAGGUCUGUGUGGGCUACACUGUUGUUGAAGAGAAAGGGUGUCUUGUUCUGGGGUGGAACUCCAAGCCCAUUGUGGCUGCUUCUUGCUGGAAAUGCUAAGAACAGAACACCCCACCUUGAACCAUGUUUGCUACGAGUGGCAUUUUCCAGUAAAGUUCAAGGAACAGUUACAAAGUCCAUGGGUUUCGCUUUCCGAUGGAAUAUAAACAUGGCUUCCCUCUCUUUUUUCUGUAAUGACAAUAAUCGACGCCUGCUAAGCUACAUGGGUUUGUAGCUGUGUCGUGAUCCGGCGGGUGCGAACACCGGAUUUGGAUAUAAAUAAGUCGCGCUCGCAUAUGAGCUUGAGUGCGACCUCUUCCGGUGCUUUUAACAGAUGAAAUAAUAAGACUAUAUGGAGGGACGAUUUGUUUGGCA